AUGGCAAGUCCUGCUUCGCCUUCUUUUCGCCCUGCGUUCGUGUGCGUCGAGGUUGUCGUGCGCCAACAUGCGCGCGUGCACGCACUCGGCCACGUGGUCGUGCAACUGAAGGCGCUCCUGGAUGUAUCCAAGGUCUUGUCGGUCGCCGUAGCAGCGCAGAACCAACCGCCAGAAUCGCAGUCGUUACAUUUGUUGACACACGCGGCCGCUCGAGAGAAGAGAAAAGUGGUGAACUGGUCUUCCGAACUCGUUCGAUGCUAUCAACAAUUUCAGUUCCAAACAGCGUUGAAUAGCGCUGCUGCGCGAGGGUUUUUCGCGGGCGUGCGAUGGCUACGAUCGUCCUACUACCCAAAGGGUCAAUUUCAUGGGGCCGAACGAGCGGCUUUGUAUGGUGGGAAUCUACAAAUGUUACAGUAUCUGCACGGUGAGUUUGGCAAUAAAAUGGUGGACGACGCGGCAGUGGACAGUCAAGAUGCAGUGGCUCAUGCAGCAGCCAAUGGACGACUGGACUUGGUCCAAUGGUACUGUACGAUGAAAGGUCCUUAUGCAUUUGGAUGGAAUGCUAUGGACGCUGCCGUGGCGCAAAACCGAAUGGAAGUAGUGCAGUAUUUGGACAGUGUGCUGGGCAAUCGGUGCACUCGACGAGGGCUGGAAAAGGCAGCGCUACACGGACACUUGGAGGUGAUUCAGUGGCUCAACGACUCAAGGUACUAUGAGAUCAGGUCGUUCAAAUCGUUGGAAAAUGCCAUUGCAGGAGGACACUUGCACAUUGUGCAGUAUGUGAUGAAAAAUGUGAUGCUCGCGUAUACGUCAUGGAUGCAAGCAGCACUAACUGCAGCCGUGACGUACGGUCAGCGCCAUAUUCUACAGUGGCUGCAUGACAGGGUGUCAGCUGACUCCAGUGGGUUCCACUCACGCUUUCGCUUUGAAAUUUAUACGAACAUGCUGUAUGCUGUGGCCAAAAACGGACAUUUGGGGGUAUUGCAAUGGCUACAUGCUAACCGAUACCCCGUGCAUUGUCGCCGAGCACAUGUUGUUCGCGGAGCUGCUACAGGUGGUCACAAACGCAUUAUCAAGUGGAUGGAAGAGACGUUUCCCUCGCUAUCCCGACAGCGUCAUCGUAUUCGUGUGGAUGGUGCUGCGAGUUUUGGAGAUCUUCAGAUGAUUCAGUGGCUGUACCGUCAAGGGUAUCGCUUGACGGCCCGCGCGAUGGACGACGCCGCAGCAGGUGGACAUUUGUCAAUACUGUGCUGGGCGCACCGAAGUAUUGGCCAUUUGUGUUGCACAGUAGCUGCGAUGGAUCGGGCUGCUGCCAAUGGUCACUUAGACUGCAUAAAAUUUCUUCAUCAAAACCGCAACGAAGGCUGCACGACAGCAGCAAUGGACGGUGCUGCGCGGAAUGGUCACUUUGAAGUUGUGCAAUUUCUUUACUGGAACCGCAGCGAGUAUUGUACAGCGUUGGCGGGUGAAUCGCGUUCAGUUCCAGUGCUUCAGUUUUUGAAAGAGCACAAUCGCUUGCGUUCGCGGCUUCCGAAGACGGUUGAGGCGGCUGCGAGAGGGGAUUUGGAAUUGCUACAGUGGCUUCAUGACCACGAUCGGAGGCACUUUGGCUUUGAGACCAUCGUUGAUAAGGCUCGUGAGCAUGACCAUUUUCACGUUCUAUGCUGGCUGGAAACGCUGCCAGAAGCUGGACGGUAUUUGUGA